AUGGCUGAUACACAAAACCGAUACUACCCCCUGGACUCUUCGCUGGCUCGGAAGCACAGGGGGAGACUUAAUCCCAUAAUUGAGGAGGAUAGCGAUGAUGGUAUGGCACAGAAUGGAGGCCGCAGACGAGGACGUGCCGGCAAUGCCCAACUCAAGAUCGAGGCCUGGUUAACUCCGAUGAGCGAUCACUUCCCAACACCAAGAGGAAUGCACUACCUCUCAGCUCCAGUUCUCCCAUCAUCACCUUCAACCGACUCGGCUGCCGAUACUUCACCAACCACAUCCAGCAACCCCUGGAACCGCCAUAGUGUUGGCACCGAGGCUACCGAGUUCGAGGAUCUCUACGACGUGACGGAUGAUGAGAACGAGAUGCUCAGGCGGAAGGCGUCUGCUAAGUCGAGGCAGGCCCCGACAAAGCAGCCCACUCCGCUUGUCAUCCCAGUGACACGCGAUAACUCUGUCGAGACGUGGUCUGCUGUGGAUAAUAUGAAGAAAUCAAUCACUUCUCCAGUACCUCUGACUCCUUCAGUCAAACUCACCAUGUCACCUGCUCAGAUGGAAUUCAUGCACGAGCAACAUGCUGCACAAACACCAACCAUGUCAGCUCCCCCGUCUUUGGAUGGUAGCUUGACCUCUGAGCAGCUUGCAGCCAUGAGCGCCCCGCCUACACCCAUCAUUGGUAAUGAUGAAUCACUUACUGACGAUGCUUGGGCUGGUGUUCAACUACAGCCUGGUGCUCUAGCUACGCUCCACGCCCUUGCAAGUGGCGAGGAGAACCUCCACGAGCAGCCAUCUCAGGUUCUUGAGAUGCCUGAGCAACAGGCUAUCCAGCCAACCAUGGAGAUGCGACAACAGCCACUGCGACUAGUCACCAGCUUUCAGUCGCAGCCCGCCAUCGCCAUGGCUUUCUCCCCCAACAAGAACCGUCAGUCUCUUGCCGACCUGACCAAGCUUGACAUCCCAUCUCCCGGUGGUUUCUUCUCCGGCCUGUCUCCCCGAACUCGGAACACAUGGCACAUGCCCUCCAAGUCCCCCGAGGACAUGCCACCACCCACCUCUACCACAGCCGAACAAUUCUACCGAUGCCCCUGGAACACCGGUGCUUCGGCUCCUCCCGUUCCCAAGCGCAAGGAUAUUGUCGAGGACUUCUACCGCAACGUUAGAUUCACGCCCGCUCCCACUGAGCCCAUCGUUGAACAGGUAGUCGAACUCAAGGAGGAGGAUGACUUCUCAGAUGACAUGCCCACUGCUCGACCCGUGUUUGAGCACAAGACUGCUCCUUCCACUGUUGAGUCCGCCGAUGCUCCGGCUUCUCCCCAGGCCGAGGUCGUCCCAACUGAGAUUGUCGUCGAUUAUGAUCCCGACUAUGCUCGCAAGCAACAGAAGGAGGCUCUUUCACACUUUGACCGCACUGAGCUCUGGCUCAAUGCUCAGCGAUCUUAUCUUCGCGGUGUCCAGGACGAUUCACCUGAGGAUGAUGGCGCCCUCAACACCAUCACUGAGGAGGCCGAGGAGGAGUUUGAUCCCUCCAAGAUUCAAACCGAGCUCCCCCCUCUCAAGGUCCAACCUGAACUGUCUCUUGUUCCUGUCAAGAAGAGUGUCCGCUUCUCCAACCUUGUUUCCACUUCUGAUCACCCUAAGCGUCUGCCUUCCAUGCUCAUCCGACGAGAGUCCGCCUACUACCGAGCUUUCCAAGACUAUAUCAUCCGCACCCAACGCCAGGAUGUGUUUGUUCACCAGCUUGCUCGCUUUGAGGCUAUUCAGGCCCAGCGUGUUUCACUCAAAGAAUCUCACCGCAACCAGCUUCUGGGCAAGUACCAGCUCAGUGUCGUUCCUCAGUCCGCCAAGAAGCGACUCAGCGCCAAUGUUGCUCGUGGUGAUGACACCAUCAUCGACGACCCUGAGAAGCUGCGUCAUGAGAAGGAAGUUGAGGCCAUGAACCAAAUGACCGUGGCUGCCUGGUACGUUGCUGCCAUGAAGAUGCUCAGCGGUGGCCGUCUGAUGUCUGCUCCCGUGACCAAGCGACUUGCUCGUCUUUCUCGUGCGGCUCCCGGCAAGGGUGGCGCUACUCGUGAGCGCGCCAGGGUCCUUGAUCUUGGUGGACAGACUACUUGCGACUGGGCGUGGCACUGCGCGCUCCAGUUCCCAAACACCAAGGUUUACACCGUCACCACCAAGUCCAUGCGUCAGCUUUCCAACUGCAACGUCCGUGGCCCCCCCAACCACCGCCAAGUUGCUGUUGAGAAGUUCUCCCACCUCCCCUUCGCUGACAACCAGUUUGAUCUCAUUUCUGCCCGAGAGCUUCCCAGCAUCCUCAAGCUCUUUGGUGAGAAUGGCGAAGAUGAGUGGGACACCUGUCUCAAGGAGUGCAUGCGUGUGCUCAAGCCUGGUGGUUACCUCGACUUCUCGCUCCUCGACUCGGACAUCAUCAACGCUGGUCCAAUCGGACUGGCCAAGAGCGUUGAGUUUGGCUUUGCCCUCAAGACUCUGGGCUACGACCCCAACCCCACAAAGCUCUGGCUCAGCCGUCUGGCCCGCGCCGGCUUUCAAGAUACCCGCCGCAUCUGGAUGUGUCUGCCAAUGGGUGCUAGACGAAGCAUGUACAAGCCUCCCACACCUCCCAUGAGGGAGAGCACCAACGGCCAGGACGUAAAGACCUGCCAAAUGGACGCCAUGGUGAUGGGAAGCAGCGACGAUAUCGCCAGUGCUUGCAGCAUUGCUGGUGGCUGGAACUGGGAGCGAUGGCUCCUCCGCUGUGAGAUGGAGAAGGUUGCUGGAGAGUUGCGACUCGCUGACACUACCACUAACGGAACUGCCAUGGAAGAGGCUGGCAAGUGUCUGGAUGGCGUCGCCGCCGUGUUCGAGGAAGGCCGAAACUGCAAGGCCGGCUUCCGAAUGCUUAACGGCUACGCCCAGAAGCCCAAGGCUGGCACCGAGACCAUUAAGAUUGCUCUCUGCGAGUAA